ACACCGCCUUCCCAACCGCCCAUCCUCUAAAAGAGUUGAUGGAGUCGUGUCUGCACAACACACCAAAGAAACGACCAUCAACUGAGACUGUUCUAGAGCUCCUAGAUCAAGCUCUAGGUGGCGUCUCUGACAGCCACCACACCAGAUCAAACCUGGAGCUGAUUCAGAUGCUGGAGAAAUCCAUGCAAGACCUCGAACUUUUAAAAAAGAGCUUUACGCCAGAUCCGCCAGUAAGGAUGAGGAGGAGCGAUAUGAAGGGGAGA